AUGACCCUCCGCUACCCGCCGACUGGACAGGACACACGCCUCCGAAGCAACCUCGCUGAGUGUAAAAACACCUUCAUCUGCUGAUUAGCAACUGGAAAGAUGGGCAGCAUGUAUAAAGAUGAGCAGGGUGACUGGAUCACAGUGUGUCUCAAAUACCUGCUCUUCGUUUUCAACUUUCUCUUCUGGAUGGGCGGUGGGGUGGUGAUGGGUGUCGGGAUCUGGACUCUGGUGGAUAAAGGAGAGUAUCUGAGUCUUCUGGCCUCCAGUACGUUCGCCGUGUCCGCCUACAUCCUAAUCCUGGCAGGAGGACUGGUGAUGGUCACCGGCUUCUUGGGCUGCUGCGCCGUUAUACGUGAACAGAGGAGCUGUCUGUCCACGUACUUCUCCUGCCUGCUUCUGAUCUUCCUCAUCGAGCUGGUGGCUGGUGUUCUGGCCUAUGUGUAUUAUCAGGCGCUGAGUGAAGAGCUGAAGCAGCACUUGAGCAAGACGAUGAUGGAGAACUAUGCUCAACCUGGGAAAGAAAGCAUCACUCAGUCUGUGGACCGACUACAGCAGGAUUUCAAGUGCUGUGGCAGCAACAACUCAUUAGACUGGACGCACAGUGUGUACAUCAUGUCCCAGGAGGCGGAUUCAAGAGUGGUCCCUGACAGCUGCUGUAAGACCAUCACUCCUCAGUGUGGAAGAAGAGACCACCCCUCCAACAUCUACAAAGUAGAGGGAGGCUGUAUUACUAAACUGGAGCAGUUUCUGGCUGAUCACUUGCUUAUCAUUGGUGCUGUGGGAAUAGGUGUGGCCUGUCUACAGCUAAUAGGAGCAGUGCUGACUGCCUGCUUUAUUUAUCUGCUUUAUAAAGAAGACGAAGAGGACUUUUCUCAUGUUUGAUUGGCUAGUGCCAUUGUUUGACUCCUGAAGAAAUAUGCAAUGAGAAGAUAUGUGGAAUGGUGUUCACCUGUUGCCUGCAUAGGCGAAUUAAACUGGACCCGUACUGAAUUGCUUGGAAACGUUUUCUGAUACGCCAAUACACACAAACACACAGCCUUACUACUGUGCCUGUUUUUAAACUGCAUGACCAAAUACAUCUACAUCAACUAAAGGGCUUUGAUAUAUUUUAUUUGCCACUAUUUUAGACAAAUGUUGUUAUUGAUCCUAACAGUCUUAACAGAUGUUGCCCUGUUGUCAUUUCAAUGUUAAGGAGGCGGUCUGACGAGUUUAAAGACAUGUAUUUUUGCUUGAGUAAAUUAUAUUAUCAUAUAUCAAAAGUAUUUUUUUAUUAACCACAUAUUUGCUUAUGAUAAAUGUGCAAUGUGCUGCUAGAUCUCAAACAGGUGUGGGAACCUGCUUUUGGGCACACAAAUACACUGGACCAACGUCAGAAUGCUUUGUAAGACCAUUCAUUAUUGUAUUUUCCUAUAUAUGAAGCUUGGGGAAAGAUCACUGUUUGGCAAUGUUGACGAUUUAUUUUCUUAUCAAAAAAGAUGAUUUAGUAGCUAAAAAUGUCCUAAAACUGAAUGGAAAGCAUUUAAAGUGUACACUACCUGACAAAAGUCUUGUCGCCUAUCCACGUUUUAGGAACUACAAAUAAUAACUUGACUUUUAGCUGAUCAUUUGGUAUCAGAAGUGGCUUAUAUGAAAGGCAAAGGCCUCUAGAUUAUGCUUAUUUUACCAAAAUAGAAUAUGAUAAUGCCUUGAUUUUUAAUUAUUUAAUUAGGACAGUAAGAUCUGACUUUUUUAAAAUAACUUAUUAAUAAAUUUGGAAUGGCAAAGAAAGGCGCACAGAGUUCAUCAAGAAGCUUUGGAUUAAUUUUCAAUGCCUCCUCCUUCAUCUUACCCCAGAUAUGCUCAAUAAUGUUCAUGUCUGGUGACUGGGCAGGCCUAUUCUAGUGCAGUUUUAUCUUCUUUGCUUUUAGGAGCUCUGAUGUGGAGGCUGAAGUAUGAGAAGGAGCGCUAUCCUGCUGAAGAAUUUGCUCUCUUCUGUGGUUUGUAAUGAAAUGGGCAGCACAAAUGUCUUGAUACCUCAGGCUGUUGAUGUUGCCAUCGACUCUGCAGAUCUCCCACACGCCCCCAUACUGAAUGUAACCCCAAACCAUGAUUUCUGUAAGAAUCUUGGGUUCAUGCGGGUUCCAAUAGGUCUUCUGCAGUAUUUGUGAUGACUGGGAUACAGUUUAACAGAUGAUUCAUCAGAAAAAUUUACCAUCUGCCACUUUUCCAGAUGAUCAAUGAAUGAAGUCAAGUUAUUAUUUGUUGCUUUUACAACUGAGAUCGACAACGAGACUUUUGUCAGGUAGUGUAUUUCUUAUGUUUUAGCAGGAAACAAGUGUCUUAUUUUAAGUAUGUAUCUCUUUAGUAGUUAUUGAUAAAUUAUUAAUCAAUUCCCAAUAUUCUAAAUCAUUAUAAAAUCUGCCAAUUGUCAAAAUAUCUUGUUGAAUAUCAGUUUAAAAAGGUGCCUUUUUGAGCCUUAAUGACUUUUUCUCUCAUGAACUGGCUGAAUAUUGUGAUCAUUGGAUUGUAUAAGCGCUUUCAUUGAACUUUUGUUAAGGGUCGUGUCCUGAAAUGUUUUAGCUGAACGAAGACAACGAAUGAGAAGCACUGCAUUUUAACACAAAUGUAAAAUCCUAAUGUAGUUGCCACAGCAACAUCAGCCGUAUUGAAAUUCAAUGUCAUUUGAGGGGGAAAAUGGUUCAGAAAAAGAACAUAACAGUCUUGUUUUCUGUUGUACUGAUUACCAUUUGUAAUCCAAUUGCUUUAUGCUAACAACAGAUUAUGCAUAUUUUAAAAUGCAGGUCAAAAUAUUGUACAUAAAUAAACAAGCUCUCAUCAUAGCUGCAAGAAGACUAUAGAUUGAUUUCAAAGAUUAUGUUGAUGUAAAGGAUGUAAUCAUUUAGUUUUUACGCCUAUGUAUUUGUAGAUUGAAUGUGUAUGUAUUUUCACAAUGUUGCUCUGAUAACAGUGGAUUCACUUCAUAAAGUCUUUGCCUUAAGACUGUUGCGACAGAAGAGAUUCUUCAAAUAAACUGAUUUUGCGAAUUCUUCUUUUUUUCUGCUUGUACUAACACACUUUCGCCACUGGAUGGAGACAAAGACAAACGGAUAAGGACUAAGACUCUUUAAAUUGAAAAUCCACUUGAUUCUCAUGUGCUUUGCCUUUAGCAACGACCAGCUGACAUGCAGCAGCCUCUCAUAUCCGGAUCAUAAUAUUCAUAUCCGGAUAAUAUCCAGAUCCAGAUUGUCUUUGCAUUUGACCAUAUAAAUUUGUCUCUGUUUUCUGCCUCGCCAGAUACAAAUCUGAUCUGUAAUGCUUUUCCCAUGUCGCAAACAAAUCUGAGGAAGCUAAUUUCCUGGUGCCUCAAAAUGUCAUUGUUAUAUAGAUUUGUGUGCAUUAGAACAAGACUUCGAGUCAUAUGCUUUGUUUUACAGUUAAACAGUUUUAAUCAUGUGCUGGCAUUGGUGAUGUGCGCAUUUUUAACUGUUCUGUCAUCCAUUAUGACCAAGUUACUGACAAAUUAAAUUAGGGUGGAGUAAUUAUGACUUAUGCAACUUGAAUAAACAGAUGUUUCCAAUUUA